AGCACUCCAUGGGCUUUACCUGUCUGAUAGUAUAAUUAGAAACUUAAUUUAUGGAUGACAAUAUGGAAAAAGUUUUGGGACAUACAUGAAGUUUGUUCUUCUGGUGAGGUGUUCCUUGCAGUGAGGAGUGCUCAGAGCGGGAAAAGACCACCUGCACACACCUCUUCAGAGAUGACCCUGAACAUCAUGACCUCACUCCUGUACACUGCCACCAUUUUAUGGCCUGCUGUCUGUGUCUCCUUCCUCUCCGCAGACUCUCAGAUCUCCAUAUCUGCCAGAGUUGGUUCCUCAGCUGUUCUGCCGUGUCAGUUGAGAAACGUGCCCACUGAAACUCCUCAGGUUGAGUGGCAAAAUAAUGCUGAGACGGUGUUUGAGCGUUUCGGGCAGGAUCUGCAUCAGGCUGAUGGCUAUACAGACCGUGUGGACGUUCCUGAACAUAACCUGCUGAAGGGGAACUGUUCACUGGAGUUGAAGAACAUCAGACUUGAUGAUGAAGGGGUUUAUGAAAGCUACCUGAUUUUGAAGGAAGGUGACCGUUCUAAAAGGGUUUUCAUCCAGAGAGUGAAGCUUUCAGUUGAAGAAACAGAUCAAGAAUUUGUCAAAGGGUUUCUUGAAGAUGACAUUGCAACACAACAGGCAUUGGAUUUAACAGGGAUCAUAGCAUUCAUUCUGAUUUUAUGCAUUCUUUUUCCAUAAACUAUGUAAACUCCGUAAAAUACGUCUAUACAGACUCACUGGAGAGGUGGUAUGAAGUCCUCUGAACAUCAUCUGGAAGACUCUCAUGGAUGUGGAAAGACAUAAUAAAACAAUGUUGGUAAAAUCACUGUAAAGCAUGUGGUGAGAGUAGAGAAUAACAGGAAAUGAUAUCCCAUUCUACUGACACUGGACCAGUUGUGACAGGCUUUGGCUGGUGGGAACUGGGCCAGAAUUUGAUGGCUGGUUGUACCAUUAUCAGGAAUAUAUUCUAUACUAACUAAGUACUGCUGAAAGUACAAUGUGCUGUUUCACGCCUGGACAUGACUGUGCAAGUGUGAUGGCUGCCUCAUAUGUUAGAGAUGUAUUGAUUUUAAGCUUAACCCAAUUCUUUUUUAACCAUAUAACUGG